UUUCCUUUAUCAACAACAACAAAGUGUGAGGAGAAUAGUAGAUUCUUCUUCCAAUUGCUUCUCACUCCUCUUCUCUUUCUCUCUCUAUGAUUUUAGUGGCGGUUUAGAGAGACACAAUUACAAAGCAAACCUUCUUCUUCCUUCUAUGAAACAACAAGUUGUGGCGGAAUCAGAAGAAGAAGGAGAAGAAAAGAGGGAUCGCGGUGAGGGCAUUUCAGGCAGUUUCUCUCCAUGUGCAUAACCACCCUCUUGAACGCGAACAACAACGUCACUCCGUUCAUCUCCGGCGGCGGUGGUGGUGGUGGUGGUGUUAGAUUCUCCUCCCUCAUGGCCGCGACGGCGGCGCCAUCUACUCAGACGGUGCUGUUCACGGCCUUGGCUGGCCUCGCUCUCGUCGCCGUCGUCUUCUACGGUGCAAGGAGGUAAAAUCAAAAUCAAAAUCAAACAAAAACCAAUGAGCGAAUUCUAGAGAGAGAGAGAGAGCAUCGCAAUCGCAAAAACCCUAGCUCGCUCACUCACUCACUCUCCUUCACUUGACAUUGUUUUCCGAAAUUCAUAGAUGAAUCCUCUUAGGCGAAGUAUCAAUUCAGCUUCGUCGUCUUCCAAUUCCUCUCCUUCCUCAUCGUCGUCGUCGCAAUCGUCGGCGUCGUCGGUGUCAUCAUCAUCAUCUUCGUCGUCGUGGAUCCAUUUGCGUUCGGUUCUGUUUGUUGUUAGUUCUUCCUCACCAGCGUCUUGUUCCUCCACUGAUCGGGGUCGUCUUAAAUCACCAUGGUCACGUAGGAAAAGAAAACACGCCCUUUCACCUCAGCAAUGGAACAGCUUAUUUACCCAAGAUGGGAGAAUUCGUGAUGGUGGACUUAAGUUCCUGAAAAAAGUUCGCAGUGGAGGUGUUGAACCUAGCGUAAGAGCUGAAGUUUGGCCUUUCCUACUUGGAGUCUAUGACUUGGACAGUACCAAAGAAGAAAGAGAUGUUAUAAGAACUCGAAAUAGGAAGAAAUACGAGAAACUCCGCAGACAAUGCCGGCAACUGCUAAAGUCUAGUGGGAGCUUUAAGUUUGAUGAAAUAGGUGAAAUCAGCUAUGAAGGUGAUGGUGGAAGUCUUGUUCAAGAUUCUGGUUCUCCUAGUUCUGAAGAUGCAACAAGUGCCAGAGAGUCCCUUUCUAGUGCGGAACAUAGCCCAGAUGUUGAAUAUUCAGAUGAUCCAUCUAGAGGCCUCUUGGAAGGGGAUGAUGCUACUAACAUCGGCAAUGCUGAUGCCUCUACACUGGAUACUGAUUCCACUGAUUCAGACUCCUCUGAAAGUCCUGAGGUAAUUCAGACAUUUCCUUCUGAUGAGGGUCCGGAAGAGAAUGAUUCCAGGACAGUUUCUAAGGAAAGUUCUUCUCCCUCUCAAAUGAAAGUCCCAUCCAAACUACGAACUAAUGAAGACUUCGCCACAUGGCAACGGAUCAUCCGGCUUGAUGCAGUACGUGCCAAUGCAGAAUGGAUGUCGUACAAUCCCACCCAAGCUGUUGUACCGGAGAGUAGGGCACGUCGUUCAGCUGAGGCUGUUGGCUUGAAGGAUUAUGGUCACCUAGAACCUGGCAGAAUCUUUCAUGCUGCUCGACUAGUUGCUAUCCUUGAAGCAUAUGCACUGUACGACCCUGAAAUUGGCUACUGCCAGGGUAUGAGCGAUCUGCUAUCUCCCAUUAUUAGUGUUAUGACCGAAGAUCACGAGGCUUUCUGGUGUUUUGUUGGAUUUAUGAAGAAGGCUAGGCAGAAUUUCAGGCUUGAUGAGGUGGGUAUUAGGAGGCAACUUGAUACAGUUGCAAAAAUAAUCAAAUUUAAGGAUGGCCACCUGUUCAGGCAUUUGCAGAAGCUCCAGGCCGAGGAUUGCUUUUUCGUAUAUCGGAUGGUGGUUGUAUUGUUUAGAAGGGAGUUGACAUUUGAACAGACUCUUUGUCUUUGGGAAGUAAUGUGGGCAGAUCAAGCAGCAAUAAGGGCAGGUAUUGGAAAAUCAGCAUGGAGCAGAAUCAGGCAGCGCGCCCCGCCAACAGAUGAUUUGUUGCUUUUUGCAAUAGCAGCUUCAGUGUUACAGAGGAGGAAAUUGAUCAUUGAGAAGUACUGUAGCAUGGAUGAGAUCAUUAAGGAAUGCAAUGGCAUGGCAGGACAUCUUGAUGUUUGGAAGCUGCUGGAUGAUGCCCAUAACUUGGUGGUCACCCUUCAUGACAAAAUGAAAAUAGAGGCAUCAUUCUGAUGACUGCAGUUGUUAACUGAUAGCGCUUGGUUUUCCGGUGGGAAAUACCAUAAUCACUUAUGAAGAGAAGUUUCGAAGUGUUACUUCUGGAAUUACGUGCUUUGGAUUGUGUCACCACCAAUCAAAACACAUAGAAGUUACAAAGUGUUACUUCUGGAGUAACCGUGUUUUGGAUUGUGUCACCGCCAAUCAAAACAUGUUACCGAACAAGCUAGUUUAAAUAUUGUCAGAAGAUAGUUAUUUUCAGACCGUCAGGUUUCUCCUUUGCAUCUAAAAAAUAAGCACUGCAAAUACUUGGUUUGUUACAACGAAGCCUGCAGCUUGCUGAAAUUUGCCACUUCAUAUUUAUGACAGUGUGGAGAUUGAAGUAAACUACUACUACCUAGAUUUACUUGCUUCUUUUUUAUUUAUUCUUCUCUGUUUGGCUCCACCUUUUUCUGUUUUUGAUUUUGAUUUGAGAAUUGAGACACAUCUAUGAGCACACCUUUCCAUAAAGCAGGUGGGUAGGUGCAUGUAACUGUUAGAAGAGGCUGAGAGGCAUUGACAAUUAUGAAAUGUUGUCCUUUUUGACUGAA